GUAUCGCGAGAGUUACCUUAAAGACGGCGGCGGGAAAAAGGCGUUUGUGGCAGCCCAGGCGUUUUGGAAGGUCUGCAGCAGGCGCGAUGGCCGACAUCAACAGCCCAGACAGCGAGCCUACAACGCGCACGCUACUGCGACGCGUGCUGGAUACCGCGACCCCGCGGCGACCCCGGAGUGCAAGUGCCCGUAGAACCCUGUAUGAAAAGGUGCCCUCCAGGAAUCUGAGAAGCCAAACAAAGACACCUGUUCGACAGUGCACCCAUGAAGCCAGGCCUGUUGGCAAAUUGGCCCGUGUUCAAGCCAGUGGGCACUUGGAGGAACAGACACCCCGAACUCUGCUAAAGAACAUCCUCCUAUCUGCCCCUGAAUCUGCCACCUUGAUGCCAGAGUCCAUGGUGAAGCCAGUGCCAGCACCGCAGGUGGUCCAGCCCUCUAGAAGGGAAAGCAGUCGGGGCAGCCUGGAGCUGCGACUUCCUGAACUUGAGCCCUCCACAACCCUGGCUCCAGGUGUGCUGGCCCCUGGCAAGAGGAAACAGAGGCUGAGAUUGUCGAUGUUCCAGCAGGAAGUGGACCAGGGACUGCCUCCCUCCCAAGAGCCUCCAGGGACUGCUGAUGCCUCGUCCGUCACCAGCUCCCUCAACUUGACCUUUGCCACACCCCUUCAGCCACAGUCAGUACGGAGGCCUGGUUUGUCCCGCAGACCGCUCACCCGCCGAGCUGUAGACGUGGGUGCCUUUAUGCAAGAUCUGCACAAUAGCUCCUUGGCCUUGGCUCCAUCAGGUGACCUUCUCAGAGCCCCUGCUGUUAUGCUGCCAACAGACACUGUGUUGGAGGAUACCCAGCCCUUCUCCCAGCCCAUGCUCGGCUACUCCCCAAGUGUGCAUCGCUCCCUGCCCCGUCCCUCUCACUCUGGGGCUGAAGAUGCAGACAGGGCUGCCAAUCACAGGACACAGAGCCAUAAGCUUGGGCUGCAGAACUACCACAGUCCUGGGGAACCAGCCCAAUUUCUGGCAGGAAAGGCAGAGGAGGUUGAUGUAGAGCUGUCAGGGGGUGAAGUUGGUGAGGAGGCAGAGGACAGGAUGGAAGAAGAAGGCUUGCACGUGAGCAAAGUGAAGGAAGCAGCAGGAGGACAAGAACUUGCCAGGACAGGAGAGCCUGAGGGACACACACAGGUCUCAGAAGCAGAGGCAUCUCAGAGGGCCACUGAAGCCGAGGAGCCAGAAGAAUCUUCAAUGGAUGAGGACGUGGCUGGCAGGGCAGCAAGUCCAGAGGUGGCCCGCAGCACCCCCAGGUUUCUCCAGGCCAAGCAAGUUCAUCAGUUUCUUAAGCCAGCCCCACCAUCUGGUGUUGCAGCCUCAUCUUCAGAGGCUCUGGAGCUUCUUUCGGCCAGGAUUUCUUCCAGGCACCAAACGGUUGGCCCCAGGCCCCAACGAGACCCCUACAAGGCUGGGCUGAGCCACUAUGCAAAACUCUUUAGCUUUUAUGCUAAGAUGCCCAUGGAGAAGAAAGCCUUUGAGAUGGUGGAGAAGUGCCUAGACAAGUAUUUCCAAUACCUUUGUGAUGACCUGGAAGUGUUUGCCACUCAUGCUGGCCGCAAAACUGUGAAGCCAGAGGACUUGCAGCUGUUGAUGCGACGGCAGGGCCUAGUCACCGACCAAGUCUCGCUGCACGUGCUUGUGGAGCGGCACCUUCCCCUGGAGUAUCGGCAGCUCCUCAUCCCCUGCGCUUUUAGUGGCAACUCAGUCUUCCCUGCCCAGUAGUGGCCUGGUCCCAGCACUGUCUUUAUCCCGCCUGGAGUCUCUCAACUCCACAUACUCUACUCUAGGACUCCUCCCUGACCCUAGAGCCUCAAUAAAG